AUGGACUCGUUCCACGGACGCUUCAACGGGAAAUCUCACCAUGGACAAGUUCCGGCCAUAUUCCACCGGCAUGGAAAGCUCACAAUGGCUCCAGCUGAUAGAGAAGAGUUCUUGAGGGCUGAGAAUCAGACGAGUCGUGGUCAUACGGCGGCACUCAAUCAGCCGGAUGAUACUGCGCAGUUUGCAUGUUCCGUGUAUGACUGUGUGCUCGAGUUACAUAUCACAGAUCAGGGCAACCAUCUAGAGACGAGCCAUCCUGAAGCACUUGUCAAGCGAUGUCGCUACCAGUGCAGAAGACAGCGAGCACUCGAUUUGAUUACAAAGGCCAUCAAGGGAUGGUCAGCACAUGGGGCCAGCGCAUUGGAAAAGGAACAACACUUCGGUGAAUUAGAUGGGUUUGUAUUUCUGGAGCAUUCAUUCACAGCCGCCAAACUCCUCAUUAGAGCCGAAGGAUCUCCUUAUCUCGUGUCAGAACUGGCUGAGCAGAUUGGCUGGAUCGCUUCGGCCCUACAGAGCUCGCCUUACUCGUCGGAGAUAGCUACCAUCUAUCCGGUGCUACAUACACGUAUGUUAGACAAGCCAUUCUUCAGGAGUUCUGCAAUGUUUGAACCUCGAGCUCGACAGGUCGCGCUGCGCGCAAACAUGUACUUUGUCACAGAAAGGUACCUGAACCAUCAAUCUCCGAGGAAUGGACAGUGCUGGCACAAGCUAUUCAAGAAUCCAGUGGUUGUUACUGGCUACCCAGUCCAGGUCAGACCAGCGCUUGAGCCAGGCACUGGCCUUGAGAUUCCUUUGGAUGUUCUGAUGGCAUUGGUCGAUUCGACUGGGAUCGAAAAGUUCAACGAAAUGAACUUAAUCAAAGGCUUUAGCGCUAUUUUGGUUCCAACUCGGAAGGUUCAGGAUAUAGUCCUGUGGCAUAUGUGGUACAAUGAGAAUCAUGAGAGAAUCUCGUACACCGAUGCUCGUAUAGGAGAGUUUGAGUACGUUACUGAAGCGGAGCUUAAUUCCUCCCGUCACAUCGUGGGAUGGUGUUCUCGUGCCCGGAAUCAUACAGGAUCGCCAAACGCCAACUAUGACAUCAAGUGGUCUGGACUAGGUUGCCCACGUGACCGUCAUGUAUGGGAGAAGGUUGUCGUUUCGGCCGGCUCAGAGAACGCCAUAACUGUCAGCACAUCCUUUGUCCUGAGCAAGAAGGACAAAUCGAUAGUAUCGAGCCCCCUGCAAGGAUAUCGAUCUCGCUUGACUUUUAUGUCCAAGCAGUACGUUCUGCUCUAUGAUGUGGCAGAUCGCAGGGCGUGGCUGGUUGACGGCCUCAGCGCGCUGCUCCAUCUCGUACGGGCAUCUUUGAAGUCAGAACACUCAGCAAUCCCUGGUGUCCUGAGUCACCACAUGAAGCAGAUAAAAGAGGCCGAUCCUUGCCUUCAAGGUGCUGAAGCAGCUGCAUCUGUGCUUCUCAACGCGGACAAUUGCGCAACUCAACUGUAUCUCGAUGAGGAAGAGUUGUGGGAAGAGGAGGUCGAAACUCGCAAUUCUCGCGGGGAGACAGUCAGGGAAAGUUUCGCCAAAAAGAAGAAAAAGUUCUACUGCUUUAGGGAUAGGGUCCUUGAUAUCUAUUCACUUAUGGAAAAGGUAGUAGAUCAUCUCAGCGAUCUACGCUCGGAAAAUGGGGUCGGUUUUCGAUUUCGUGGCACUCCGCGAAACCUAUUACAGGGCUUUGAUUUCCAGGACCUUGCCACGUGCCAGACACCUCUGAGACCUCAUACUGUCAAGCUCUCACUCCAGGGCUCUGGGCGGGGCUGGAUCGACUUGGCAAGGUCGUUACAGGCGAUAACGUUGUUUGGAAAAGAUUUCGGAGAUCUGAUCACACCUAAAAAUCCCCCUUUUGUUCAGGGCUGCGACGGUUGCGGCUUCGGUACCAGCCUCCCCAAGAACAAGGAGUAUAUGGGUGUAUGCGUAAACCUCUUGGAGAGAAUCAUCAAUGCUCGGGGGAGUAUCGAUUCCGUUCCCUGGAGGCUAGCGGACGAUAUCUACUGGCACACUCCGGGUCAGGUCUUUGAGUCCUGUCAAUGUCGAAAAGGAGGCUUGUUCAAUCACACCCGGAAAACCGACAGAGCACAAGUUCUUCUCCCGUCCAAAAAUCCGCAUAUUUGGGCCCGAAGCUUCAACAUUCCGGGUUCUUUCGAGAGUGGUGGCGCGGUCUACUUCUGCCAGGUGUGGAAAUUCCCGUUCCGCCUUUCGCAUCAGAUGGAACUUCGACCCUUGCCGCAAGAUGCCAACAUCGGAGCCCAGGCAGACGGGGCGGCUAAGGCCACAAUUAGUGUCCCAGCAUUACCCCUGGAGAAGUGUCGAAACAAGGAGACAGGGGCCCAAGCUGGUCCGGAAGACAUCAUGAGUUAA